GCAGAGAAACUUGUGCACAAAACCUCUCACAAUGGUCAACACUAAGAAGAGCGCUAUCAACCAAGUUGUCACUCGUGACUACACGAUUCAUAUGCACAAGAGACUUUAUGGUGUCUCUUUCAAGAAGCGUGCUCCUCGUGCCAUCAAGGAGAUUGUUGCAUUUGCCCAAAAGCACAUGCAAACUAAGGAAGUGCGUGUUGACCCCUCUUUGAACAAGGAGGUCUGGAAGCAAGGCAUCAAAAGUGUCCCUCGCCGUCUCCGUCUCCGUCUCUCUCGCAAGCGUAGUGAUGAGGACGAUAAGGCUCUUUACACUCUUGUUCAGGCCGUUGACGUUGCUAACCCCAAGAUGGAGACCGCCGUUGUUGAGGAAUAAAAUGUGUGCGUUAAAUAGCGCGGUUUUUGAUUAUCUGUUCACGUUCCAUUGGGUUGAAUCUAAUAGCGGAUUUCAUUAGCUGA